AUGGAAAGUGUUAUUCAAGCAAAGAUUGGAAGUAGAGACCCAAAGGACAUACAACAGUUGGCGUUUGAUCUAAAACGAAUUCAGAGUCUUGCAGAGCUAGCACCCUGUCAACAGUUGGAGAUACUAUCACUCAACAACUGUUUCCUACAGUCAAUCGAUACACUACCUACAUUACCAAAGUUAAAGAAGCUUGAACUAAAUGACAAUAAAAUAUCAACUGGAUUGAAGGUGUUGGAGAAUUGUGUAGCAUUGGAAUCACUUAGUCUAAGUGGCAAUCUGAUAAAGACACAUGAGGACUUGGAACCUUUGAGUCAUCUAAAGAAGUUGAGAUACUUGGACUUGUUUGGAUGUCCAGUCACUAUAUUGCCAAACUACUCAAAGAACAUAUUCAAGUUGAUACCAUCUUUGAUAGUAUUGGAUGGAUUCAAUAAACAUGGACAAGAAGUAGACAUGGAGGAUGACGAUGAGGAGGAUAUCGAUGAUGAUGAUCAAGAGGAUGAAGGAGAAUUUGAUGAUAUCAUAGAUGAUGAUGAGGAGGAAGAGGAUGAUGAGAACCCAACUACAAAUGGACAUGGUACAAAUGGUGGACAACAAGAAGAGGAUGAUGAGGAUGAAGAGGACGAAGAGGAAGAGGAGGAAGAAGAAGAAGAAGAGGAGGGCGACGAAUCAGCAGAGGACCAUGUACAUGUCCCAACAACAACCACAUCAACAUCAUCAACAACUACAACAUCUACAUCAUCGACAACAACUACAACAUCAACUGCACCAUCAUCAUCCAGCAAGAAGAAGCGACCUGCACAGGACUCUGAUGAGUCGUCCAAUGAGGACUCGGAUCAGGACUACGUGCCCUCGGAGGAGAGCAGCGACGAGGAGGAAGAGGACGAAGACUCCAUCUACGAAGAGGAGGAAGAGGAAGAAUACGUCGAUGACUAUGGCGAUGAGGACAAGCUGGUGGCACACUACAAGGCGCUGCGAGAUGCCGGUGUCAAGCCUGGCGAGGAAAUUGGAGAUGACAGUGACGAAGACGAGGCAGAGGUUGGCAGCAAGAGGAAGAUAUCAUCAUCCUCCAAUCAGCCAACGAAGAAGCCAUCACACUAG